GGGAGGGGCUGGAGCGACAGCGGAGGGCGGGCCGGGGCUUGGUGGGGACGGAAAUCCGGGCCCUGCCUGCAGCUUCCUCCCGGUGGAGCCGCAUUUUCAGGCACCUCCGCAGCCCUAGCGCUAGCGCGCCAAGCGGUUCCCGGGCGUGCCGCCUGGAGGCGCGGAGCCCGCCGGGCGCUCCCAGCCCUGCAGCUCCGGCCGGGGCGGAGGCCGCCGGACCGCGGAGAUGCGGGGCGGGGGCAGGGCGCGGGGAUUACGGUGGGAUCAUGGCAGGGCUGGGCUCCGAUCCCUGGUGGAAGAAAACACUUUACUUGACCGGGGGAGCUUUGCUGGCCGCAGCUGCGUAUCUGCUCCACGAACUCCUGGUCAUUAGGAAACAGCAAGAGAUUGACUCCAAAGAUGCUAUUAUUUUGCAUCAGUUUGCAAGACCUAACAAUGGUGUCCCCAGUUUGUCUCCUUUCUGUUUGAAAAUGGAAACUUACUUAAGGAUGGCUGACUUACCCUACCAGAAUUAUUUUGGUGGAAAACUUUCUGCUCAAGGGAAAAUGCCUUGGAUUGAAUAUAAUCAUGAAAAAGUUUCUGGCACAGAAUUCAUAAUUGACUUUCUGGAAGAGAAACUUGGAGUGAAUUUAAACAAAAACCUUGGCCCUCACGAAAGAGCCAUCUCCAGAGCAGUGACCAAGAUGGUGGAGGAGCACUUCUACUGGACGUUAGCUUAUUGCCAGUGGGUGGACAAUCUCAAUGAGACCCGGAAGAUGCUCUCUCUUAGUGGUGGCGGUCCCUUCAGUAACCUGCUGAGGUGGGUCGUGUGCCACAUAACGAAAGGAAUUGUGAAACGCGAGAUGCACGGCCACGGCAUUGGCCGCUUCUCAGAGGAAGAGAUUUACAUGCUGAUGGAGAAGGACAUGCGGUCCUUGGCAGGGCUUUUGGGUGAUAAGAAGUACAUCAUGGGGCCCAAGCUUUCUACUCUCGACGCCACUGUCUUUGGACACUUGGCACAGGCAAUGUGGACCUUACCUGGGACAAGACCAGAGCGGCUGAUCAAAGGUGAGCUGAUCAACCUUGCCAUGUACUGUGAGAGGAUAAGGAGGAAAUUCUGGCCUGAGUGGCACCAUGAUGAUGACAACACCAUCUACGAGUCUGAGGAGAGCAGCGAAGGCAGCAAAACCCACACGCCUCUGCUGGAUUUCAGCUUUUACUCAAGGACAGAGACCUUUGAAGAUGAGGGAGCAGAGAACAGUUUUUCCAGAACCCCAGAUACAGAUUUCACUGGACACUCGCUCUUUGAUUCUGACGUGGACAUGGAUGACUACACAGACCACGAACAGUGCAAGUGAUGUUCAGCCUCGCUGACCCUCUUCUGCCGGAGCUGCCACUCCCUGGGCUUGGUCCACUUUCCCAGGUAGAAAUCCAUCUCGGCUGGGAGGAGAUCUUCGUGCUUGGCACACUUCUGACAAGCUAACUGGACUAUAGCAGCCUUAUUUCUUUUUGUACAAACAGAACACAGAACCAUUCAGAUGGCUCCAUUUAAAACAAACAGGCAAAAAAGAAAAAAAAUGUCAGCAUGGUUCCUGAAAUCCAUUUUUGUUUUCAUUAGAAAACUAACAUUGUGUGGUAGAGCAGGUGCAAGAAUAGGUUGUCUAUGGGUCGUGUUUACAUAGAUCCUCUUCAGCCCGAGAGCUCAGUUGUGAGACGGAUUCUCGAGCAUCCUUCAUCCGCGUGGGUUCGAUGUAGCGAGAGAGGUCAUCAGGAGAAAUGUAGGAGACAGAUAGAUGUUCUAUGGUGGCUGCUUGUAUUUUAUGUGUGUAUAUUAUAUGUUGAGAUAAUUCAAAUAAAAUCCAUAGAUAUUCAGUGAACACCUACUAUGUGCAAAGCACUGUGCUAGGUGCUAAUCAGUAUAAGUUUUCUUCUCAGUCCUGCCAGUGACUAGCUGUGUGAUUUCGGGCAAGUCCCUUAAUUCUUGUGUGCCUCAUUUCCCCCACCUGUUAGGUGGGGAUAACAAUACUCUCCACCUACCUACCUCACAGGGGUGUUGUGAGGAUUCAUGUGGUAACAUUCGGCGCUUUAAACCUCUUGGAAGAGCUGUGACAUGACCACAACAUUUUAUUCUUGAUUGUUCUUCCGACGUAUGAAGAUCCAAGGAAAAAGGAAUUCCAUAUCCAGCCAACAGCAGCCACAGUCACUCGCGAAAGGCGAGCAGACGAAACACAUGCAAAGGCACAGCUAGGACUCUGUCCUCGUUCUUCCCUGUGAUCUCGCUUGAAUCGAAAUCUUUUGUUGAAAGAGCCUUGAACAUAUUUUUACAGAUCAUCAACAGCUACAAACAGUCUUCAAUUCUGUGUAUCUGCAGAAGUCUUUCUUUCGUUGCCUGAACGCACACUGGAAUGUGUCCUUUGUUGACUCCUGAGGGUUAAGUUGCCUGUGUUUGGUUUAUUUGAAGGGAAUAAAGCUCAGGAAUAUGAUGGGUUUCAUAGUGGUGAAGGGGAAAGGAUCUGAUUUUUUUAAGCAGACGCUUGCCAGCUUGUAAUGUCUUUUUGAAAACAAACCUUGCAAGAUGUAUUGAAAAGAUGAAGUAUGAAGAGGAUCACGUUACUGGUAUCAAAGCACUUUGUGCAGUAUAGACUCUAUGCAGUUUUACUAAUGCAACUUUUCCGGUGUUCUCAGCCAUUGCCCUGUGAGAGGAAGGCAAUGCUGAGGACGAAUCUUAAUGUUCCUUAAGGAUCUCCCGUAGCUUCCCUGUGCUCCCUCUCCUUCCCCGUAGAGCACAUGGACCCUUGGGGUUUCUGUAUUUACUAAGGCACUCUGUCUCUGAAGACAUCAUUUUUGUUGACUUAGAACAUUUUCCAGUGAAAUACGGGGUGAAGAUGCUGGGGUGAUGGCCGUGGAUUUGGGCUAGGAGGGUCAGUGAUAAGAUUUACAGCUGCGACCAGAACUGCCUGGCUUCUGAUCACAACGGACUCGCUGGGUAAUGGUCAUGCAUCGCGGGGCUAAAGAGGCACUGCUUCAAAGAUGGCAACGUGUGCUGAGAAGUUCACGCACCUGGCUUGAAAAAGACUCUCUUUGAAUAUGGCUUUUGCAAAAACAAUCCUACAAUGCUGUGGAUUCAACAGAGAGGUAAAGGGGGAGAGUUGCUGAGGCUGUUUACCAUUGAAGCAACCAUGUAGGACAUAUGUAACUGGGAGGAAAUGCGGAGAUGCCCUGAGUUAGGAAUGCUUACUGCACAGGAAACCCAGUUGUCAGUAUCUUAUUAAAACCAUUAAUCUUUGAGAGGACUGUUUGGUGCCUAAUGAAAAUGUGGUGGAGAACAUAUGAAUGGAUGAGCAUGUUUUAUCUGCAGCGUCACUUGGGAGGACUGUUCAUCUCUUUUGACUCUAACAAAUAAGUGUGUUCCAAGGUCAGCUGGUGGUAGUUCUGUGUGACUAGGGAAACUUCGGGCUUGAAAGUGUGAAUGCAAUAAACGGAUGGACUGUAGACCUAUCCACAUGAAGACUGAGUUGCCCUGUCCCUACCCUUAGCUGGAAAGAGUUGUGUUUGAAAUUUUGUCUACAAUUUAUUCUUCCUAUAUAGCACCAGGUUGUAUCUUUACUUCAAGAAUGAUUAAGUUUUGACUGUGUAAAGUCACAUAUUUUUUUCUUAUGCAUUGCUUGGAGGGCAAGUACAUGGAGAGCCAGUGUUCAUUGUGAAGUUGUAAAGUAAGUCAUUCUAUCCAGGUACCUCUCACAGGGGCUUGAAUGGACAUUACCACUUGAAGUCUUGGGUUCUAGGCUGACAGCUCAUGACUGGGUAGUCAACAUUUUGUAGGUGUAACUUGAUUUGGAACCCUGGAAUAAUAUCCCCAGGUUUUACCUUUCCAACGUGGGUUAUGGAAACAAAAUGGCCAAGACGGAAUCGAUGUGUUGAUGUCCUGGCUAGUCUUAUUGGGAGGGCUUUGAUUUUAUUUUUUUAAUUUUAAUUUUAUCUUUCAUUCUUAAGCUCCCCAGAUUUGAAGUGUUCUCCAAUAUGGUGAACAGGUGCUACUUAUAAGAAAAAUAACAAGAAAUUAGGGGACAUUUUGGUUAUCUGGCUUAAUUGUUCAAGUUGUAGUUCUUUUUUACUGGAAAGUAACUUAGGGAAAGUGUGAUCUUUAAUGUUAACAGAUGUUCUCAGUUGGGCAGAAGACCUGCUAGCCACCUGUUCUUUUUUAUCUGUCAUUGUAAAAAUAAAUUGUGCCCCUCUAUCCCUCUCCCUUUGCCCCUCCUCCCCACUCAUCAGGAUUGAGGCACAGCAGCAGUAUGAUUUAAUCUGCAUAUGUCAGAGUAGAUAUAAGAGCAAUAUAAAUUUAUGCAGAGGUAAACUAUAUUGUCAGAGUUUACCAUUUUGUUGUUGUGACAUAAUGAAUUGUUGCCGAGGCCAUGGGCUACUACCCAGGCGAUGCUGCUGAGGCCAUGGGCUACCCAGGUGACUGAUCAUAGACUUAGAACAACUUGGAACAACUACAGUCUGGCUCUCCGGUGAGCCCUGCCUGUGUAUACUGUGGUGUUAGGUAUUAGGAUAUGUUUUCCUGAAAUAGAGUUCAAGGAAAGGAAGAGCUAGGGAUUUUAGCUUCAUGGGUCUUGCCUAGAUUAUUUGAGAGAAAGUGUAGAAUCAUAGCAAUGUGUAGCUGGGCCAUGAAUUAGUUGUAGAAACCUCCUUACAAGAGAGCCUCAGAGGUUGUUAUUGUCUCCGUGUCACAUGCGCAUUCAUUUGCAGGGCAGGACCCAAACUGAAGUCUUUUCACCUUGCCUUAGAUAGUUCUUGCCAUUAUACCACUUUGACUUGGUUUCCUUUUCCACGUCCCCUGAGAAAUCACUCCAUGCUCGUGGAAACAGCACAUCCCCAGCCUCUCUCAAAGAGUGCUUGGAGUCUUCCACUCUUGUCCUCCAUGUCUAUUUAGCCCGGUCCAGACCAAUUCAAGAGAUCUUUCGUUAGAAUUUACUCUCUGCAGGGUACUGCUAGGCUCUGUGAGUGAUACCAAGUCACGAUGACUCCUUAUUCUUUGUUAUGUAUCUUUUACAAAUCCAUGCCCAUAUGCUCACUCAUUGCAUGUUUACUGAGCACCUACCCUGUGCCUGGCCCCGGGAUCCACACUGGACAUAGAGUGGUGAGCAGAACAGACAUGGUGCCCUGAUUUUAGAGCACCCUCUUUUGCCUAGACUUCUGUGAUAGUCUGUUGUAAAUGCUUUGUCAUGUCUCUGAUCUAUUCUACACAUAAC